UACCAUUUUCCAUUGUUGGUUCCACACAUUCCACCACAUCAAGCGAUUGCUUUAGCCGGUCAAAUUUCACCAGAAAUGGUGCCAAUUUCCUGAAGGGAGAGCAGAAAACGGAACACCCCUCGAAGAUCCGAGGCUCGGAGCUGAAAAAAGUUCCAGAUCCAUGGUCGGAAACUAAGAUUUCAAUCUGGGGAUUUCUUGAUUUUUUUGUUUUUGUGUGUGGGUGGUGGGAUGGGGUGGAAGUAUAAGGCCGGUCUCUUCCUUAUUGCCGCCGUUGUUGUCAUCUGGGUCACCUCCGCAGAAGUCACCCAGGGGAUUUUUGCAGACUAUAAGCAACCAUUUGCAGUGACAUAUCUUGGAGCUUCUUUGCUUGUAAUAUAUCUCCCUAUAGCGUUCCUUAAGGACUGGAUAUGUAGCUAUGUCAAUAGGCGUCCUACUAAAGGCGAUAAGAGCGUAUUAAGCAGUGACUUGUCUGGCAAUGGCAUUUCCUCUCCUUUGAAGUAUGUAGGGGGGAAAGUCUUUGAGAUUGAAAUCCAUGGAUCAUUGAGCAGAAAAGAUAGUGACCUUAAUCUUUCUGAGGAUCAAGAAGAAGGGUCGCCAUUGAUUGUUAGCUCCAUGGGUGGUGGUGAUGCCACCCAUAUCAAACAAGAAAAACCCAUAACAACUAGAGACAUUGCUCGCUAUGGAUUUUAUAUUGCCCCUAUCUGGUUUGUUACUGAGUACUUAUCAAAUGCUGCACUUGCCUACACCAGCGUGGCAAGUACAACAGUAUUAUCAGCUACUUCAGGAUUGUUCACUCUCUUUUUCGGUGUAAUUUUGGGGGAAGAUUCUUUAAACAUGUCAAAGGUGGUUGCUGUGCUCAUCAGCCUGACCGGCGUUGUCAUGACCACUUUAGGGAAAACUUGGGCCACUGAUGAAUCUGAGUUGAGCGCUUCCUUAAGCGGGAAACGCUCCAUCAUUGGGGAUUGUUUUGGCCUCUUAUCAGCUACAACAUAUGGACUGUUUACCGUGCUUCUCAAGAAGUUUGCCGGCGAAGAGGGAGAAAGGGUUGAUAUGCAAAAAUUGUUUGGGUAUAUUGGACUAUUCACCCUUGUGGCACUUUGGUGGCUCGUGUGGCCACUGAUGGCUUUGGGCAUCGAACCGAAGUUUACAAUUCCUCAUUCGGCUAAAGUGGAUGAAGUUGUGCUCGCCAACGGACUUAUAGGAAGUGUCAUUUCUGAUUACUGCUGGGCAUUGUGUGUUGUUUGGACAACACCAUUGGUGGCAACCUUAGGGAUGUCUCUCACCAUUCCACUUGCUAUGGUUGCCGACAUGCUCAUUCAUGGCCGACAUUAUUCCGCCAUCUAUAUUCUUGGCUCUGCUCAGGUGUUUGCGGGAUUCGUAAUCGCUAAUUUAUCGGAUCGGAUCUCAAAACUUUUCGGGUUAUAGCAUUCAAGCAAAUAGUCUUUUCUCACUUUGAUAUUUUGAAGCAUUGGUUGUUUUGUCAUCACAUUUUGAGUUUUUGGUUUUCUCCCCACAUUAUUCAUUUAAUUUGUUUUUUUCUUUUAUAUUCAUGGGGCAUAGUUUGUUAUAAUCUCUAACAUUUUUCCUUGUCUUUCUAUAUUGUGUGUGUGUGUGUGUGUUUUGGAGUCUAAAGCAUUGAACAAUAAUGUUUUUUUAUGGUA